UGACUGUGGAUCUGGCCCAGGCUCCGAUCACAACUCGUCCCCUUCCCUUAAAUGGGGUUGUUUGUGAAAGUUGCUGGCAGCCCAGAGGCAUCUUAAUACGAAGCACAUCGGUAAAGCGUCUGGCCAUAAAAGGAGAGGCAGUGGGCGCACAAAGCUCUUGAUCUGCGAGAGAGGCUGGAAAAGUGAGUCGGCUCCCGGAGUCGAACGCGGGAGGAACUUCCUUUUGCAAAAGUCCCAAGCGAGAUGGAGAUGCUUAGACGUUCUUCUGUCUUUGCUGCUGAGGUGAUGGAAGUGUUUGAUCGCUCCCCACCCGAUAAAGAGCUUAUUUCUCAAGCUAAAGCGCUCUGUCGCGAUUACAUCCAUUCCCGCCUGAUCCGAGCUGGUAUUGUUUGGAGUAAACCAGAUCCUCUGGCUGCUGGCCCAGCAAGCAAACUUACUGAGGUGUCCGCUGCCCUUCUCCAUUUGGGUGAUGAAUUAGAGUACAUCAGACCAAAUGUCUACAGGAACAUUGCAAAACAACUGAAUAUCUCUGUCACUUCUGAAAGCAUUGUGUCAGAUGCAUUCCUGGCCGUUGCUGCUGAGCUAUUCUCUGCAGGUAUAACCUGGGGGAAGGUGGUGGCCCUGUACGCUGUAGCUGGUGGGUUAGCCAUUGACUGCGUGAAGCAAGGCCAGCACGCAAUGGUGCACACAAUUGUCGAUUGCUUGGGAGAGUUUGUCCGGAAAACACUGGUGACAUGGCUAAGGAGACGGGGUGGAUGGGCUGACAUUACAAAAUCUGUGGUUAACAAUGAUCCCAGUAUCCGUGAUCAUUGGCUCAUCUCUGCCAUCUGUACCUGUGGACAUUUCCUCAAGGCGAUCUUCUUCUUCCUCCUGCGAGAGCGUUGACUCCAUGUGGAAGAUAUGGUCAAAGUUAACUUUCCUUAUUUAAUGUGAUACAGAACUCUCAGCAUGCCUGAGUAUACAGUCUUGACUGAAGGGAAUUUCUGCACUUGCUGGACUAGAAUAUGAACCCUUUGCAUUAUCGGGCAAAGGGGGGACACUGUCUUGAUCUCUUGCUGCAAGGGGAGGAUGAGUUCGAUAAGGAGAUUACUAGCAAAUGCAAUAUUCCCAUCCACAAUAGCAGCCCAAUUGAAAAAUCGGCAAUAAACAUCGAGAAAUUAGAUACUUUAAAAAAAAGCCACCUUUACCAUGGCUUCAUCAUGGAUUCUACAGAUUAGCUGCACAACAAUGAAUUUGCUAGUGUUACAGAAAUCCAACCUGAAGCUGGUUUAAAAUGGAAGACAGAACAGGAAUCCUAAGAUUGACAAUCAGUUGGCAGAAUUUUGGGGACUCCCUUUCACAUUUUGCUCUAUUGUUAUUUUAGAUCCUGUAAGGAGUUUUUGCAGUGUUAGGUGGGGAAGAAAAAAACUUUUACUGUCAUAAAGAGACAUUGUUAUUAACUACACUAAAUAUGGCUUAUUUCAUUUGUGUAAAGACCUAUCUGUGCUAAUGUCUGCAGUGGUAGUACCAUUCCAGCACAAACCUUCAUGUAACAAGGUUUCAGGUUCUAUGAUAUUUUCUGCAAUACUAACUUAUUCCCUAAAAUUCCCCUCAAAGAUACCCAUGUUUGUUUCAUUGGCUGCACUUUAGAAUUCCACGAUACUGAAGCUAACAGAGAUCACAUGGUUGAAUGCAGACACUGAGAAAUAAAACGCUGAAAUCUAAACACAGAAAAAGUAUGUGUAGAGGAGGAGGAGUUACUCUCUUCACAGAUGGUGCCUAACCUGCUGAUUAUUUCUAACAUUUCUUAGACCUUUCAUGGCUGAUCAGCUUGUCUUCUCACAGAAACCAAGUCUCAGUGGACCAGUGCUUGCUUUCACACACUAAAAGGGGUAUUUAAGCCUCCAACAUCAUAGUUAGAAAUCAGGGACUUUUGCUGCACUGCCUUAUUGAUGUAGGUCACUGUAGAACAUGGUGGCCAGUGAUAUGCUUAGGCAAACAAAGUCAACAUGUGGCUGUCAGAGCUCCAUAGGAGAGGUAGGCUACAGUCCAUCACCCAAUAAUGUAGGAUUUUAAAAUAUAAUUGCCCGAAUGAGAAGUUAGGUGGUGUUAUUGUUCAGAUUUUCACCACAGUCCCUUGGUUUAUUACUGGCCAAACCUUUCCCCACCACAGCUGAAAAAACACCCCCUUUUAAGCACUUACCAGACAUUGAUACCAACAACACAGCAGCCUGAAAUUCCAAACCUUUUCAGCUGGUCCUGUUUAAGUCAGGGCUGUGGCCUAUAAUGAAAUUCACAGACUUUCUUAACUUCUGUCCUCAAGCAUUACAAUGGGGAGGCAAGCAAGUUAUGUACAUAAGAUUUAGGUCUGACUUGUGCCAAUGAAAGCAGCAAUGAAAUAAUUUUGUGACCCAAAUGAAAGUGGGACGUGGCCUUGUAUAAAAUCCCUGCACAGGUCUAAGGAUGAUCAAGUCAGCGUGGUUGUUCAGGGAAGGACCUCUAGCUCAUUAGGACUGAAAACAGUUCUUCAUGGGGGAAAAGAAAUAAUAAGUUCAGAUACUUAGAACACUAGGAAAUGGUAAUUAUUUAACCAGGAAGUUACACAGACAUGAAACUGGGCCAAGAGCUGCUCAAUUGACUCAAAUAUAAAUAAAGUGUCUUUGAAGUCUGAAAGAAUUGCAACAGGGACAUUCUGGUGUCACGAUGAAUUACAGAGAACCAAAGAUUUGAGUUUCAGUCCUUGAUGUCAAGGCAGCAUUUAACCAAUCAAGGAGGCUUGGUAAAACUGAGGUCAAUAGGCACAAAGGGGAAAAAUUUCCAAUGGCUGGAAUCAUACCUCACGCAAUGGAAGGCCAAACAUCCCUGCUUCAGAACAUCACUGAGUUCCUUGAGGCAGUGUCCUAGGCCCAACCAUCUUCCGUGGCUUCAUCAAUGACCUUCCUUCUGUCAUAUGGUCAGAAGUGGGGAUGUUCACAAUGUUCAAUUCCAUUUCCAACUCCUCAGCAAAUGAGGUUGAACCAUCCAUGCAGCAAGACCUGGACAACACUCGGGCAUGGGCUAAUAAGUAGGAAAAAACGUGCCUCACGACUAUCUUCAACAGGAGAGAGUUUAACCACCUACCCUUGAGAUUCAAUGGCAUUACCUUCACCAAGUUCCCUAUCAACAUCCUGGGAUCAUCUUAGUCCAGAAACUCAAUUGAACCAGCCAUAAGAGGUUGAGUAUCAUUUGCCAAGUGACACCCCAAAACCUUUCCGUCAUUUACAAGACACAAGUUCAGAGAGUCACAGAAACAGGCCCUCAGCCCAACUGGUCCAUGCAGACCAAGAUACCCAUCCAAGCUGGUCCCAUUUGCCAGUGUUUGGCCCAUAACCUUCUAAACCUUUCCAAUUCCAUGUUCCUGUUCAACUGUCUUCUGAAAGUUAUUAUUGUACCUGCCUCAACCAUUUCCUCUGGCAGCUCAUUUCACAUGCAUACCAUUCUUUGUGUAAAAAGAAUCUAUUAAAUUUUUCCCCUCUCACCUUAAACCUAUGCCCUCUAGUUUUUGAUUCCCCAACCCUGGGAAAAGGACUGAGUGCAUUCACUCUAUCUAUGCCCCUCAUGAUUUUAUACACCUCUAUUAGAUCACCUCUUUUCCUUGGAGUGUAGGAGACAAAGUCCUAGCCUAUCCAACCUCUCCCUAUAACUCAGUCCCUCAAGACCUGGCAACAUCCUUAUAAAUCUUUUUUGCACUCUUUUCAGUUUAAUAACAUCUUUCCUAUAGCAGGGCAACCAAAACUGAACACAGUACUCCAAGUGCUGUCUCACCAGUGUCCUGUUACAACCGCCCACCUUUUAUAUGCAAUGUCCUGACUUAUGAAGGCCAAUGUGCCAAAGCCACCUUCACCACCCUGUCUACCUGUGACUCUCCUUUCAGGAAACCAUGUACUCCAAGGUCCCUCUGUUUUACAACAUUCCCCAGGUGCCCUGCUAUUCACUAUGAAAGUCAUACCCGGAUUUGACUUUCCAAAUGCAAUACUUUGCCACAACCGAAUUAAACUCCACUACCAUUCCUUUGGCCCACUUAUUCUGCUGAUCAAGAUCCCCUGUAACUUUGUUGACACUUCUUCAUUGUCUGCUGAGUGUCAUCAGCAAACUUACUAACCGUGCCUUGUACAUUGACAAACAACAAUGGACCCAGCACCGACUCCUGAAGCACACCACUAGUCACGGGCCUCCAGUCUGAGAAAACAACCUUCCACCAUCACCCUCUGCUUUCUAUUAUCACGUCAAGUGUGUGCCCAAUUAACCAGCUCUCCUGGAUUCCACGUGAUCUAACCUUCCAGAGCAGCCUACCGUGUGGAAUCUUAUCAAAAGGCCCUCACUGAAGUCCAUAUAAACCAUGUCUACACCCUGCCCUCAUUGACUUUCUUGGUCCCAUCAUCAAAAAAAAAGCUCAAUUCAUACGUAAGACAUGAUUUCCCACGCACAAAGUCAUGCUGAUUACCCCUAAUCAACCAUGCACAUACAUCUUAUCCCUCAGAAUCCCCUCCAGUAACUUAUCAAGUAAGAGUCUUACAAGUCAAGAACAUGAUGAAUGCUUGCCUGAUGAGUGCAGCUCCACAGCACUGAAGAAGCUUAACAACAUCCUGACAAAGCAGCCUGAAUUGGCACCCUGUCCGCCACUGGUGCAUAUUGGCUGCAGUAUGUGCCAUUACUGCAGUAUUUUUUUUUAUGACAAAAUACUCAGCAGUUACCCAAGCUAGUGUGACAGCGCCCUCCAAACCCAUGCCCUCAAUUACCAAGAACAAGGCUACAGGGACAUUGGAACACCAACCCUUACAGGUUCCUCCAAGUUGCACACAAUCCCAAUGCCUCAAUGUCACUGGUCUAAUCCCAAAACUGCCCAAUAGCACUGUGGGACCAGUUCACCAGAAGGACAGCAGUGGUUCAAGAAGCACCAACAUUUGGAGAAGAACAGAAAAAUGCUGGCCUUGCCAUUAAUGCUCACACCCUAAAGAUGAAGUUGAUAGGACAAAAUUCUGGAAACAACACAGAAAAGACAGCUGUUACUACAGUGUGUGUAAGAAAACAUAAUAAGGAUAUCAGUUGUGUUCAGGUUAAAGCUAGCAGUCAAUUUUCUUUACAGAUAAGUUCUUACACAGAAAGAAUGAGAUAGUCCAUCCUAUUGACAGCAGAAAUACUUUUAGAACAAUCAAGGUAGAAUCACCCACAGGACUAAAAUACCUACUGAAGAAUAUAUUUCUUACAAUCUGCAAGAAAACUGUAAUUCUUUGUUUCUGAAAAUUGAUUUUUUUUAACCUCACAAUAGGUUUCAGCUGGGGCAAGCAUAAAAUGUACUCACAGGCCAGUAAGUGAAGCCAAUGAUAUUUUAAGUGCCUGGCCUCAUAUACAUGGUUAAAUGGAUAGAAAGCAGUUAGCUCCUGAGCAAGGCACCGGGUUCAGGCAACUCAAGGCUUUGAGGUGUUAUGGUAGAUAAGAUGAAAGUGUGAGGGAGGGAGAAAGUUAACAGCUGGGGCAAUAAGUACAGGUGUAACUGGCUCAAAUGCAAACCUAGUCAGCAAAAGAUGCAAAACUGGGAACAAACUCAUGAACCACAAAUUUACAUAUUAACCUAACAUUCUAAUUAUAUUUUAACUGUAUCCGUAAUUCCAGUAUGUUGGUAAACCUUAGGAACUCUGGAUUGUUUCUGUGAUUAAUCAGUUUUAAAAUCUAUGAGGCAUUUGUGUGUGUACUCUCAUACUUACCCCAUAAGUGCUACCUGAAUUGGGGUAAAAUUGAUUUCAUUAAUAAAGAGUACUAAUCAAA